AUGUUGAAUUUGCUUGACUUUUCACACCUCCUGGCAGCUUUUGCGGCUUGGGAAAAGCAGCAAGUCCUGAACCGAUUGCCCAACCACAAGAUGGCAGGCAGCACGGAGCCGAAAGACUCAGUGACUUAUGAAGCAUUCGCAAUGACAUUUGCCAAGAAGAAAGAUUGCGCCAAGAAAGCCUAUGAUGCGGCCAUUGACCGAGCCCGUCAGGAGGUAGAUUUGGCCAAGACACGUCACAAACAGGAGCUUUCAAAGCUGGACUACCAUCUUGCGAAGUGCUGCAGUGAAGGUGCAAAACAGAAAGGUUCAAGAUCGAAGCAUGUGCUUCCAGCAGGUCAUGCUUCAGUGUCAAGUUCCAUGUCAGGCUCAGAAACCUCAAGGUCUACUGAGAUUGAAGACGAUGCUUUAGAGUCUCCAGAGGACCCCUUUGACCUGCAGAAGUUCAAGGAGGCGAAACGGUCCUAUGACUUGGCGCUGCAGGGAUAUGAGAAGGCCAGCUUUGCGAUGCUUCAGGUCCAAGAGGCUGCCUGGAAGGUCUUCGUUGAAACUACUGCACAGGCGGCACAAGAACUCCGGCAAGCAUGCGUUCCUCCAGAUAUUGUGGAAGCCACCACUUACCCAGCCAAUUUCCAUGAGCUCAUCAAUGUGCCCAGCUGCACCAAGAAAGACUUGCGCACUCUCCUUGAUGGUGCCGGAGGAUGGUUGUGGAAGCACAAGAGCAGGUUCUGGGAAUGUGACGACAUUGACUUCACAGGAUCAGAGCUCCAAUUCCAGGCCUCCCUGGCCAAAGCCUGGUCCCGCGGUCCCCUUUGCCACGAUGUGAACCGAUGUAAAAAAGAGGAAGACCGCGCCUUGAAACCAUUUGAUGGCCGCCUCUUUCGACACAUGCACCUUGAUGAUGUCAUCGUGCAAAAAUACCAAAAAGACUCCGUGGCUGUGUGGCCCACUUUCUCUUCCUGCACUUAUGAUGAGUCUUGGUUGAAAAACUGGGGCAACGUCGCAUUUGAGAUCCGGUGCUAUGGGGCCAUCAAUGAGUCUGAGGGCGAGAAUGCAGACAAGUUCUACUUGCCAUGCCUCAUCGAAAAACACGUCCUCCCCCAGUACGUGUACCAAAAAGAAGUUGUCCUGCCCCCAUUCUGCUCUUUUCGGGUAGUCAACGUCAACAAAGCGGGCCCCGACUCCAAGACUCGCCUCUUUUUGGAGACAAUGCAAUUCCCAUCUGUUUGGGAGAGCAUUGGCUCUGGUAAAGCUGAAGACUUUGCGAAGUGGGCCAGGCAGAAUCCUGACUUACUGAGUCUCACUGGAAAUGACGUUUCUAUUGUGAACGAAAUCGCAAAGGCCGCAGUGGCAGCUCCACUACAUGAAGAUGGUUUGGCAGGAUUUGGUGAGAUGAUGGCCAAGUGUGCAGCCAUGGGCGCUCCGAUGAGCGAAGUUGAUCCAGCCACCGGUGCGACACCUGUGUUCACCUUGGCAGAAGGCAUGGCGGGCUUAGACAAGGUGGCCACAGGAGCCAAGGAGGCCUUAGGCAAGAUGAUCAGAGACAUGGCAAAGUCUGGGGCAAACCUCACCAUUCCGUGCAAGGGCAAGAAGCUCGAAGAGCUCGUACCUGACCUGGUCAGCGAUCUUGAAAAGGAAACACUGUUGACCUCAAAGUGGCAAUAUUGGGUGGACGAUCGAGUUGAUGGCAAGGCUGAUGGUUGGUAUGACUACAAGGCUGAUGCAUGGCAAAGGGUAAGUUCAGCAUAUUCUGAAUGGUUGAAGGACGGAACAGUGCCGGAGAUGGUGGUCAGAAGCGGGUUUUUCCACUACAAGGUCUGCUUUGGAGAGAUGACGCAGACAAAUCAGAGCACAGGCAAGAGCCGUCGCAUUCGCCGCAUUGUGACUGAUGAGGUCCCAAAGUCACCUGCAAGUGAGUGUAUCAUUUCCUGAUUGCCAACAGAUUUGAAGCAGAAACUGCAAACAGAUUUGAAGCAGAAACUGCAAACAUAUUUGAAGUAGAGUUUUGCAGUGCGAAACUCUCAGUAGCGGUCCGACCGAGGUCACAUUCUCUUAGCCUUUUUGCUUUGAUGCGGGAACGGUCGGCAAAA